AUGGCUCAAAGAAAGGAGAGUAAGAGACUAGACAUGCUGGACACACUGAAAUCUUUUGCCAGAGAAAGCACCAAGCUUCUGCCUAAAGUCAAUCCUAUCUUCACAAUCCAGAGGAUUCCUUUCACUGGAUCCAUCCAUGGAGGCCUGCAGGAGGGGAUGUCGAUCAUCAUCAGCGGACGAGUCCUUCCUAAAGUGGACCGGUUCCAUGUGAACUUACAGUGUGGUUCCAGUCAGGAGGCGAACAUUGCCCUCCAUUUCAAUCCAUGCUAUAUGGACGGCAAACCUUAUGUGGUCACCAACACCCUUCAGCAUGGUAAAUGGGUCUCCGAGGAGAGGAAUCUCAGUUCGCCUAUACCACUUGGCCAUAUUUUCACCCUGCAGAUCACCGUUAUGGAGAAAUCUUACAAGAUCAGCGUGGAUGGCACCCACUACAUGGAUUAUACCCAUUGCAUCCAGUUCCAGCAGGUUGACACCAUAGCAGUUGGUGGAGAAGUGGAGGUUUCUACCAUUUCGUUUUCAGCUCCUGUGAAUGUUCCAUAUAAACAACACAUCAGUGAUGGACUCAAGCCAGGCAGAACCAUCACCAUUCAGGGAAUCGUCCCGUGCAAUGCCACAAGGUUCCACGUGAACCUCUGCCACAUAUCUGGAAUCGCUCUGCAUUAUAAUCCACGUUUCAAUGAGGGCACCGUGGUCCGAAACACCAAACAGUAUGAUAAGUGGUUUUUUUGGCAGUGGGGCUCUGAGGAACGAGGUGGACCAAUGCCCUUCAAGCGAGGCCUGUCCUUCAUGCUGACCGUCAUCUGUAAGGAGGACAACUAUCAGACUUUGGUGGAUGGGAAGAAGGCCCACACCUACUACUACCGCUUUGAUAAUCUGGAGAGCAUCAAAGAGCUGGAGAUUAAUGGAGAUGUCCUGCUGACCUCUGUGAUUGUUUAG